AUGGGUUUCUUGUUUUACUUCCUCAGUUUCCUCUCCAUAUCUUUACCCCUCGUGUCGGCCGGUUUCUUCACGGAAUUCGUGUACCCGAAUUUCACAGCUUCGAACAUUAGAUUCCGAGAUGGUAACGGGCGAUUCUUGUUCUCUUCCAACGGGAAAUUCAAGGCAGCCAUGUUCAAUCCCGGCUCUCAAAGAACCCGAUUCUACUUAUGUGUUAUUCACGUCGAGUCGAACAUGAUCAUAUGGUCCGCUAACCGAGACUCACCCGUGUCUGAGUCGGGUACUGUAGCAUUAACCGUCAAUGGCAUCACGAUUAGUGACGAGAACGGAAGUCAAAGAUGGUCGACUGCGAAAUUAAAAUCUCCGGUCUCUGCUUUACAGCUGACAGAUAUCGGAAAUCUCGUUCUGCUCGACCGGUCAAAUUUGACCCUUUGGGAAAGCUUUCGCCAUCCCACGGACACAAUCGUGAUCGGGCAGAGGCUCUAUCCUUCGGCUGUGCUUUUGAGUGCCGUCUCGAGUGAUGACCUGUCGACCGGCGGGUAUAACCUCUCGUUAACUUUGUCAGAUGUCGUGGUUCAGUGGCAAAACCUCGUUUAUUGGAAACUGUCGAUGGAUGUCCAGGCUUACGUGGACUCGAACUACGAUGUCGAGUUCCUGGAAGUCAACCAAACGGGACUUUAUUUGUUAGGUCGAAACGGGUCGGCUGUCGUGAUUUCGGUGAAUCUGCCGCCGUCCGAUUUCCGAACUGCCCGGAUCGACGGCUCUGGUCAGUUUGUCGUCAGUAGUUUCGCCGGAGGCCUUCAGGCGCAAGAAUACGUGCAGCCGGCCGACAAGUGUCGAAUCCCGUUCAUUUGCGGGAAGUUAGGGUUAUGCAAUGAAGGUGUCUCUGUGGAUAAUUAUGCGUGCUCGUGUCCAUCGGGAUUUCGGGUAAGUUCUUCGAACCGUGGGACCAAUUGCAUCCCAAGCGAUGCUUCUCACUCGUUAUCAAUUUCGUGCAAUUUAUCAUCAUCCCAUGAUGUAAGUAAUAAUUCGAAUUCCUCUGCAAAUGUUUCUUACUUGCCGCUUGGCAAUGAUGUCGAUUACUUUGCAAACGAUUUCAAUUCGCCUGUUGUGUUUGUCUCGAAUUUGUCCCGGUGCGAGGAUUUGUGCUCGAACAAUUGCGCGUGCUUGGGGAUUUUCUACGAUAACUCUUCCGGUUCUUGUUACACGCUCGAAAACAAUGUGGGAUCGGUUAUGCUGAAGUCUAGUAGUAAUGCACGUCUAGGCUUCGUCAAGACCAUAGUCAAACCACAAUCAACGGGUUUCGACGGUUACAACAAAAACAACAACGAUGUGAGUUUUCCGGGAGCUUUUGUGAUUCUACCGUCAAUUGCCGCCAUCUUUAUCUUUGCCCUUGGUUUUCUCUUGUGGAGAAGGUUUAGGCACCCGAGAGUCUAUAACAACCAAGAUACAACACCACCGAGUCACUCCCGCUCGUAUUCUUUCUCCUCAUCCUUCGAGGGCAUGGAAUUCUCUAUCCCCGGUUUGCCCCUACGGUACUCCUACACGGAGCUCGAGGCCGCGACCAUGAAUUUCGAGACGAAAAUCGGGACGGGCGGAUACGGAACCGUCUACAAAGCCACCCUUCCCGACAAAAAUCAAGUCGCCGUAAAGCGGCUCGCCAAAAUCGGCCCACAGGGCCGACGGGACUUCUGCACUGAAAUUGCUGUAAUCGGCAACAUCCACCACGUAAACCUCGUGAAACUAAAAGGCUUUUGCAUCCAUCGAAAAGAGUGGCUCCUCGUGUACGAAUACAUGAGCGGAGGCUCGCUCGACCGGGCUCUUUUUGGUAACGGGCCGGUCUUGGAGUGGAGGGAACGGGCCAAGAUCGCCAAUGGCUCGGCCCGCGGGCUCGCGUACCUCCAUAGCGGGUGCGAGCCCAAGGUCGUCCACUGCGACGUGAAGCCCGAGAAUAUUUUACUCGACUCGAGCCAUUCCCGGGCCAAGAUCUCCGAUUUCGGGCUCUCAAGAUUCCUCGGGCCCGAGGAGUCGAGCAUGCUCGCGACGAUGCGUGGGACCCGAGGCUACCUCGCGCCGGAGUGGCUCACGAGGUCGACCGUCUCGGAGAAGACCGACGUGUAUAGUUUCGGGAUGGUGCUGCUCGAGAUCGUGAGCGGGAGGAAGAAUUGUUUGCCGAGGGCAAGUGAUGGGAUUUUCUUCUUCCCGUUGUUAGCGCUCGAGAUGCACUUGGAGGGAAGGUAUUUGGAGCUCGUGGAUCGGAGGUUGAAGGGUCGGGUGACGGGGGAGGAGGUGGGGAAGUUGGUACGCGUGGCAUUGUGCUGCGUUGACCAAGAGCCCGGGUGGAGACCGAGCAUGGUUAAUGUGGUGGGGAUGUUGGAAGGGGAGAUGCCGGUGGGGGAGCCGAGAGCGGAGGGUUUGGAGUUUUUGAGGUUUUACGGGCGGACGUUUAAUCAGGGUGGGCCCGCGGGUGUGGAGGUUGAUCGGGUUGUUGACACGUGUCGCGAGGCGAUUGGUGGUGCGGAGAGUUGUAGGAUGUCGGACGUGUCGUCGGAGCAAAUUUCGGGUCCGAGGCGAACGGAUAUACCGAUAAGGAGCCUUUUACGAGAAGCAGUUGGAGGCCGACGGGGUUUUGAGCUACCGUGUGCAAGGGACACCAUCGGAAGGCUCGACAUUCGGUACAAGUUCGGAGUCGAGAGGUUCCUGCUGGCUCCAAAUAACUUGAGUGGGUCGGGCCGAGCCGAGUCGGGUUGGAAGAAGGCGGCAGUCGGACCGGGCUCUUGGUGCUGUAGGGAGGGACUCUGCUGUUGA